UUGAAGGCCGGGGCUAGAGCUGGCCAAGUUCUCUAAGAACAUGUCAGUCUAGUGAAUAGGCGCUCAAGGGUGUCACAAGAGGAAGUUGCUUCAGGGAGUUUGGAAACCUGGGACUUUCCUUCCUUAAUUCAAGCCUGGGAGGAACCUUUAUAAAUAUGGGUGUCAAAAAAUAAAAAGGUAAAGAUUCUAGGAGCAGCAAAGGAACGUUUACUUGGAGUCAUCUGGUUCUUGUGUUCCCAAAUCAACACUGCUGUGGUUGCUUCCAAGCUUUCCCCCGGAGGGAGGCCUAGUUCCUGCCACUUCCUGCCAAGAUGGAAAAUCUUGCUGGCAACUUCUCCUGCUAUGACCCAUCUAUUGUUGGUUACCGCUACAUGUCAGUGUCUUGGGGCAUUGUGGUCACAAUAGUGGGCACAGUGGGCAAUGUGUUAACUCUGUUGGCCUAUGCUAUUGACACUAAAUUGCAGACACGCUUUAACCUACUCAUUGUCAAUUUGACUUUGGCUGACAUUCUGUAUUGCACCUUUUUGCAACCCUUUUCCGUGGAUUCCUAUCUGCAUCUCUACUGGAGGACGGGAGCUGAUUUCUGCCGUGUCUUUGGGAUGCUGCUGUUUGUCUCCAACUCGGUAUCCAUUUUGACUCUCUGUCUCAUAGCAGUGAGCCGCUACCUCCUCAUUGCCAAUAUGGCUCUCUUUGAUCGCAUCUUCACCCGUCUGGGAGUGAUACUAAUAGCUUUGGGGACCUGGGUUGUUGGUAUUAUCAGUUUUGCCCCCCUGUGGCGGGUUUAUGUCUUGGUCCCCAAAGUCUGUACUUGCAGCUUCCAUCGUAUCCGUGGGAGGCCCUACACCACCAUCCUCAUGGGUUUCUACUUUGUGGUGGGCCUGAGCUGUGUCGGCAUCUUUUACUUCCUCAUCCAUCGCAAAGUCAAGAGUGCUGCCCAGGCCUUGGAUAAAUACAAGCUGAAGAAGGCCAGCCUGAAGGGGACUCAUGUAGCUGGAACCAGCUCAGCUGUACCAGGACAGUAUCAUGAGUUGGACAGUGGGGUGGACAGCGCAGGUGCUUCACAGCAUUCCUGUGAUGGUUUGCCCUCGGAGCCCACAUCCAAGACCAGCAUUCCCCCAAGUUUGGAGAGCAGCACAGCUCCACCUGUGGCCCAGCCUGCAGUCCCAUCAAAGAAAGCCACCCCGUGCAAACCCAAGGAUAGCAACUCAGAAUUCCACCGAGUGACCCGCAUGUGCUUUGUGGUCUUUAUUUUCUUUGUUCUUUGCUAUAUCCCUUUUUUGCUCAUCAACAUCUUUGAUGCCAAAAACCGGGCUCCAACUAUCCUGCACAUGAUUGCUGCAAAUCUGACGUGGCUUAACAGCUGUAUUAACCCACUACUUUAUGCUGCCAUGAACCGGCAAUUCCGUGAUGCCUACAAAGGGGUGAUGCACACCUUUGCCCAGAAAAUCCCCUGGUGCCGCUAAUCUCUCGGGAGCUGUACACCCUUUCUCUUCAUGGCUAAGAUCUUCAUUUGUCCUCCAGACUGCCAGAAAACCACCUACACUUUCACUGAGGACUAAAUUCCCGGAGUUUUAACUUCUGUUCUUAUUAUCAUUGUAUUUUAUUCCAUCUUCUGUGGCAGCCAAUGGGGGACUUGUAAGUCAAAUAGAACUGACUGACUGAACCUCACUCUGAGGGGUUGAAGACUAGGAAGACUCCACUUUGGGUUUGCAAAUAAGAGGAAAUAAACUGGCCAUGCUGGGUUCCCAUUAAUACAGCAAAUCUUGCCCUUCAUAAAGGAUUGUCUUGUAGGGCAAUCUGGUCUAAUAGGCAUGAAUUCUCUGUACACAAGUUGCAUGUGUACAUGGUACAUAUUUUUAUAUUAUACGUAUUAUUUCUGUUCUGUGUUUCAUUGUCAAAAACAUUUCAUUUCUUGAGCUUCUCCUCAAAUUCCAAGAUCCUGCCUGCUCCCAGAUCAAGUUUUCACAAUACUAGGGUAAGUUUUGUAUUUGACCCUUGAUAAUCAUAAAAGCUGUUGUCAGGUUUUCAUCAGUGGUGGGAUUCGAAUAUGUGAACAACCAGUUCUCUGUGUGGAUGCUGCUUCCGGAAGUCCAUUCUAGGCAACAAAAAAUUAGCUACCGGUUCUGCCGAAGUGGUGUGAACUGGCUGAAUCCCACCACUGGUUUUCAUGCAAAAGUUUUUCCGGGCCUAUCUAGAAAGAUUUUGGAUCUUCUGUUUUGAAAAUGUAUUUUAUAGCUUAGAAUGGAGAAGAAAUAUAUUCUCUCUAUCCAAAGCCAUUGUUAAGGCUAAGCCUCUUCCAUAUCUCUUUAGUCUUAUGUUGUAUCUCGAUCUCUCAGUUAUGCUUUGCCAAAUCUCUCACCUUCAGUCCUCCAAGGUCUUCCAAUUCCUCAGAUGAAACUAUUCUGCCCCUUUUGCUUUUUCUCAUCUAGCUGUCCUUCAGUAAUCAGUAAAGCUAUGAAGGAUAGAUCUUGUUAUUACUUGGAUGGGAAACCACCCAAAAAAUCUUAAGGCUGGAACUAAAAAAAUCCUAAAAGAAGAUAAACCAUUUCCAUAUUGCUGCCAAGAAGAUGACAUAGUCUAUGUAGCCAUCAAAAUUGAAGCUCAACUGGAGAAAGAUUUUCUCUCCCUUUAGAGCUCUCAUCCAAACUCACAAAUCUUUCAGACCAUUCUUUUAUUUGCCAUCUCUAAUAAAUAAGCUAGUCUUUCUCUCACUAUUUCCCCCUAUCAUCAUAGUUCUCUCUUUUAUGAUGGAUUAUAGAUUAUAAUUCCUUGAAUGUAGGUCAUAUGCUAAGGCAUUACAACAUAUAAAAGGUGCUUUGUAAUAUCUAUAUACUACUAAAACUGUCAUUGUAUUUAUCUGUCUGUUUGUACCCUCAAGUUGGUCCAAACAGCACAUUAUACUGAAAUGAUUUUUCCAUCAAAGUAUCUAAAAUCUGCUCUCUUAAAGAAUGCAUAAACAUAUCUGGGACUCAUUACUCUUAUGAAAUUGACAUUUCCACAAUGGUCAGACCAGUUUUAUUUGCAAAAUUGUUGCCACUGCAGCAUCCUAGCAAUCAUGUGUUUGUGAUUUCCAACACCCCUGUCAGCUUCCCAUAAGUAACGUCAAUGGGAAAUCAGCAAGAAGUUGGAAAUUGCUCCUGCUCCCACUGCUCCCCCCCCCACACGGUCAUUCUGUUUAUCUCUUUAGGUAAAGAAAUAUUGACUUAUUAUUGAAAUUCAUUUGCCAAUUAUUUUUCCAUUUGCAGUUAGAGUGCAGUACUGCAGGCCACUUUAGCUGACUGUGUUCAGCAGGUCAGCGGUUCAAAUCUCACCGGCUCAAGGUUGACUCAG